AUGCCUAGGAUAGAUCUAGAAGUGCUGCUCUCGCUCUCCUGCAGCGCCAUCACGUGGCCCCGUCAUAUGCUCCAAAGCAAUAACAAACGCUACGAAGCGUGGGGACUUCUCUCGACCCCUCGUGCUUUGGAUGGCACGUGUUCCCUGCGUGCAGAUGUCACGGAUAAGCGCCAGAAUAUUUCCUUCGUCUUCAGCAUUGCGGGCCUAACUGGCUCCACUGCACCAAGCUUCACCAAUCCCAAAUUCUUCUCAAUCAGCACCAAGUCCCUCGUGGGCUACAUUCCCUGCAAGGCUCGGGCGGACACAACAAAGGGCACGUGGAACUGCACCUCCUUUAUCUCCACUCCACUCACUUCACUUUACCAGCCUGUCAGCCCACUCAAGCAGCUGAUUGACGCCGGGGUUUUCUCUAAUCCCUCACUCUUCUAUGUUGGGGUUAGAGAUAGCAGUGUAGGGGAGGUGAGGAGGACAAUUGGAGCAAGUGUAACGACCUUUUGA